UGCACUCAUUGGCAGUUUAUUAAUGUGGUAGUCUCGUGCUUCGUCAUUGUUGAUAGUUCCCAUUGAUUCUGGAUUCCAAUGUUUAUGCCACAUUACAGAGUUGUCAUCGACGCCCGAGGUAAGACGACGUUGCUCCGUCUUCGCUGAUCUCAGCCUGUGUGGAAAAAUAAGUCGCCUGCAGAGAUGGGGGCCAUUCGUCUUCUGCACUUGCAGACGCUGACUUUGUUAGGGGCCUUCCUCCUCCAACCUUGCGAAGGAACUCAACGGCCCCUCACUACAAAACCUAUGACUGCUUUGCCUGCAGGCGUCAUCGAAUAUCGGAUUGUGAAUCCUCCUUCGACUUGUUAUUGCAAACUGAACUGUGUGAGGAAUCUUUCGUGUACAGCUGUCAGCCUUAAUAUGGAUGGAGGAAGUGUGACCUGCUCGUUCAGCAACGUGGGUAUUGAUCUUGCGUCCCUGACGUUCAGCACUUCUGAUCACACAUUCAUUCACAAUGUUUCUCAACCAACGCAAGAGUCAGUUUCAUCGGUGGGGACAGCAUCAAGUUCUACAAUAUCAAGCUCUACAACAUCAAGUCCUGCAACACCAAGCUCUACAGCAUCUAGUUCUACAACAUCUAGUCCUACAGCAUCAAGUUCUACAUCAUCUAGUCCUACAACAUCAAGCUCUACAACAUCAAGCUCUACAACAUCAAGUUCUACCACAUCUAGUCCUACAACAUCAAGUUCUUCAUCAUCUAGUCCUACCACAUCUAGUCCUUCAACAUCAAGUUCUACAUCAUCUAGUCCUACAACAUCAAGCUCUACAACAUCAAGUUCUACAACAUCUAGUCCCACAACAUCAAGCUCUACAACAUCAGUAUCGACGACAACAGCAACAGAUACAUCUACGAGUACAUCAACUACAGUUACAAGUACAAGCACUACUUCGUCCUCAAGUACGACCUCCUCCACCAGCACUACACCUACUACUUCAACAAGCACGACCUCGAGAACAACUACAACCACCCCAGUGAACUAUUGCGAUUGGAUUUGGCAUCCAUUUAACGGCAGCUGCUAUUACCAGUUUGGAGCUGGAAACUACGGUAACGACGAAACCUGGCAAAAUGCGUCCACUGCUUGUGGAAAGUACAAUAACUAUCUGGUUAAGAUUUCAAGUGCUGAGCUGCUAGCUUUUAUCAGAGGUAAGUAA